GGGAAGUCUGGGGAACGGUGUGAACGCGCCUGGAUCUGAUUCACGUUGUAAGGUCUCCCCCUGGUGGCCUACUGGAGAACGGGCAGGGAGAUGGGACGGAUCCACCCUUGCGUCUACCCUCUGGUCCUCACAGCCAGCCACAAAAAGUGUGGCAGCCUGAGCCAGGCCAACCUCAAUUGCUCGAGUAGCCUCCCGUCUUCUAGGCUUGGUCAUUCCAUGAACAGAAUGGGGACAAUAUACCCCCAGACCCUCGCCAAGCACCCCCUGUGCAAAUGGGUGCUUUGCGCAGAUGUACUCAAGUGAUUCCCACAAAGCCCUACGGGGCAAGAGCUACUGUCAUCUCUGCUUCACAGAGGGGGAAACUGAGGCUCAGAGGGUCACGUGGGAUGCAGAUGUCAGACUGGAAUCCAGGACCCCCCAGUCCUGUCCUGGGCUCCACUAAUCUGGGCUGGCCCUUGGCGUGGGUCCAGCCCCUCCCAACAAACUUGAAGCCACCGCCAGGCAGGGCGGAACCGUGGGUGUCCCUGGAGCCCCAAGGUGCCAAUUAAAUGCUCGUGGCCGUCUGGGGCCAGAGCUGUGGACGGCGGUAUGGCCGAGCCGGGGCCGGAGCCAGGGCGCGCCUGGCGAGUGUUCGCUCUGUGCGGGGCCGCUGUGUUCCUGGCAGCGGUGGCGGCUGGAGCAGCCCUGCUGGCCUGGAAUCUGGCCGCCUCGGCCUCCCGGAGGCCUCGCUGCCCAGAGUCAGGGGCCAACACCACGGCGCCGCCUGGAGACCUGGAGCCCGAGGUCGAGGAACUUCGGCGCCGGCUGGCAGAGGCUGCCCAGCGCGAGGAGGCCCUGACCAGGCAGUUGAACCAGGCCGAGGGUGUCCGACAGGAGCUGGAGGAGGCCCUAAGGGCCUGUGAGGGCCGCCAGAGUCGGCUUCAGACCCAACUGAUGACACUGAAGACUGAGAUGGACGAGGCCAAGGCUCAGGGGACCCAGAUGGGGGCAGAGAACGGGGCGCUGACAGAAGCCCUGGCGCGCUGGGAGGCGGCGGCCACGGAGUCUGCGCAGCGGCUGGACGCGGUGCAGCGGCGCGCGAGCGCGGCGGAGGCCGAGAGUGAAGCCUGCGCAGCCCGGGAGGCGACGCUGCGCGAACACGUUUACGCCCUGGAAGCCCAGACGGGCCCCCAGCGCAGAGUGCCACACCCCCGGACCCGCUCCGGGUCCCGACCUCGGCCCAACCCCCGCUCGCGCUCUCGCCCGGGAACCUCCGGGGGUUGCAGGCGACCAGCGCGGCGCGCAAGGGGGUGAGUCAGACCCCAGCUGGAUCAGGGCUCGAGGCCAGGAGGACAGACACUGGGGGCCCUGCUGGGACACUUACAGAGGUACCCACGCUAGAUGAGAUGCUCAGUCGACACCCAUCAACGCUCAGCUUUCGACCGACAGCCGUCCUGUACGGAAACUGUGCAGAAAGAAGACCCGACCCUCUCUCUUUGACCAUCUAGUGCUUAUUUUGCAGAUGGGGAAAUUAAGGUCCAUUUGGUCACAAGGUGAGAUAGUACAGAGCUGGGACUUAAGUCCCCUCUAAGGACAAGGACACUGUUGCCCUCAUCGCACAGACGUGAGGACUUAGGGUCCAGCCCUGACCUGGGAGUGACCUGAAGGGGUUACUUCUCUCUGGUCCUCAGUUUACCUUGUCUGUAAGAUGAGUAAUUGGAAUGGUGAGAGCCCGCAUAUCCUUGACAUCAAAAGCUGACAAAAAUGGCACAAUAGGAAAACUACAGACCCCUCUCCCUAUGAAGAGGGUACAAAACUCCCAAAUGGAAUUUUAGCAGAGAACCAAGUAACACGUUUUUAAGAUACACCAUAACAAAGUGACUUAUGCCUGAGGUGCAGAGAUGGUUCAAUAUUUGGAAGUCUGGUAAUAAAAUUCGCCAUACUAAAUGGAUCAAAUGAGAAAAAUUCUGAAAAGGUCAUCAAAAUAGCAACAAUUGCCUGUAAGUGAGAUUAUACGGUAUUUGUCUUUCUCAGCCUGACUUAUUUCAGUUAACAUAAUACCCUCUAGAUCCAUCCAUGUCAUUGAAAUGGCAAGAUUUCUUUUUUAUGAGACUAUUAUGAGUAAUAUUCCGUUGUGUGUGUGUGUGUGUGUAUAUAUAUAUAAAACAUCUUCUUUAUCCAUUCAUCUAUCGAUGGACACUUAGAUUCCAAUUUCCAGACCGUAAUCAGAUUUUUCCAACUGUUCUGAUAAUGUCCUUUGUAACAAAAGAGUAUCCUGGCUUACACAUUGUAUUAAUCUGGAACAUUCCUCAAUCUGUCUUUGCCUUUCAUGACACUGGCUUUUUUUUUUUUUUUUUUUUUGACACUGGCAUUUUUUAAAAAGCCCAAGCGAGUCAUUUUGUGGUGUCUGAGUUUGGGUUUUUGUGAUGUUUCCUCAUGAUUAAUUGGCAUUUUUGGCAGGAAUGCCUCAGAAACAGUCAACCCAAUAAUAGUAUCUGCUGUUGGUAUGACUAUAUAUAGAAAACCCAAGAGAAUCAAUGGAAACUUUCCUAUAUCUAAACAACUAGGUAGAAAAUCCUUUCAAAGAAAAGAAAAAUCCCUUUCAGAUAAUUUUUUAUAUCCAGGAAUAAACUACGUUCCUUAUUAUGUAAGGAUCUAUUCUACAUUAAUUUUUCAAAAAAUAACUCAGUAGAAAAUGGGCAAAGCACAUGGGCAACCUGGUCAUCGAAAUAUACGAAAAAGGGGCCCAAUCUCACUGCUAGAGAAGAAAUGCAAACUGAAAAAAAUGUGAUAUCGUUUUCUACCCUUUAGUUUGUCAAAGACAAAAAUAAAAACAAAUUAAAAGUUUGUGAAUACAUUGUGUUGGCA